GAGAGGCGUGGUGAAGCUCAGGUAAACAUGGAUCCCGUGCUGUAUGUGUUAGCUGCUACCGUUAUACUGAUUCUUAUCGUCUUCGUGUCCAGAAUAAAACGACAUGUGCAGAAAGCAGAUCAGAACCAACAGCGAAAUGUGCUGGCUGCUGCUGGAAGACCUCGACCUGUUAAUGAAGAUCGGCCGCCAGGGCCACCAAGAGUACGACGCAAUCUCAGGAAUAGACUGCUAGCUCGAAGGCUUCUGGAAGCAGAACAGGAUGCUCAGGUUGAAGAAAUUGAAGCAGAACAAGAUGGCACAGAAUUUCAAACACGUGGCAAAAUUGGAGCCAAGAAGCAGCGCAAAUUGGAAGAGAAGGAACAAAGGAAGGCACAAAGGGAGGCUGAAGAAGCAGAACGAGAGGAGAGACGAAAAUUGCAAAUGAAGAGAGACGAAGACCGGAAAAAAGAUGAGGAACGAUUACGACUUGAAGAACAGCGAAAAGAAGAAGAAUUGAAAAAAGCCUGGGAAGAAAAACAGCGACGAGAACAUGAAGAAUACCUCAAGUUGAAAGAAGCAUUUACUGUUGAAGAGGAAGGAAUUGAGGUAGAACCAGAUGAAGAGGAGUCGCAGAACCUUCUACAGGAGUUCAUCAACUACAUAAAGAGUACAAAGGUUGUGCUUUUGGAAGAUCUUGCUUCACAUUUUGGCUUGAGGACACAGGAGGCUAUUAACAGAGUGCAAGAUCUGAUUGCUGAAGGAACUCUGACAGGUGUCCUGGAUGAUCGUGGAAAAUUCAUCUAUAUCACUGAACAAGAACUUGCAGCAGUGGCUCAAUUCAUCAGACAGCAAGGGCGCAUUUCGAUAGUUGAACUGGCACAAGCCAGCAACACUCUGAUCAAUCUUAAUCCAGAAUCAAAAUCUAUUCCUGAAACUGUGGCCUAAUAUUCACACACUCAUUUAAAUAAUAUAAAGUUUAAAAAUGCAUCUUCUUGGUGCCAGUUGUGCCUGAAUUGUAUUUUUGUUCUCAUAAUCUAUCUAAAUGUAGUGAUUUUUAUUUUGCUUAAUUUUUUCUUUCUUUUUCUCCAUUUCCUCCUUGUGAAGGAUUCUCCGUAUCUUCAGUUGCUUUUGCUGACUCGUGGCCCAGCAAAUUACCUGUCUGUCUGAUCAAGCUAUUUUGAGCAAAAUGUUAUGCCACCAUACCCCACUGACAAUUGCCAGUUCAUUACUUGUGUUGGUAAAUCACUUUGAAUAACAAUUUCUGUUGGUAAUUGAAAUUAGGUAUAUUGUUAUAAAUAGUACAUCUUCUCAGCACAGUAGACUGCUAACAGGUCAGGACAGUAUGGCAGGAUUCACAGAAUAUCAUAUAAUUGUGCAAAGGAAACAUUGAGAAGAAGUCUGGGGUUAUAUAUUAGCUCAACAGGGAUAUCUAGAAAUGGUAGGCUGCUUACAAAGUUCUUCGUUAAUACCAUUGCUACCACAUUUCUAUCAAUUUGUGUCUAAUCAUAUUAUCACAUUUUAUUAAAAAAAACAAAAGUUAGUGAUUUGAAUAAUGGAACAUACUGACAUAAGAGGUGUUGUGCUGGAAUUGUAAUGUGCAGUUAAAUGACUGAAGUUACCAUUUACCAAUUACUAUUUGGGGCAGAUAUGGUAAAAGAAAUUUGGUAUCAAAAGUGACCUUAGUAAAUUGUAAUCUGCAUUCUCGACAACAUUGCCACAUUAUUAUAAUGACUAAUGUGUAUUUUGUCAUCAGUAUUUUAUCUUACGCCACCAAAUAUCAACUAAUAAGGAGGAACAUGUAAUUUUAUAUAGAGCUGUCAGGGAAAUCUCUCCUGCGUUUGAUUCCUGAUUUGGAAUGGUCUUCAAAACAGAUUUUGAAAAUUUUGAUUGUAGAUAUUUGAUAAAUAAAAUUAAUUAUUUAAUUUA